AUGCUGUCGCAGGAUGUGUCGCAGUUCAAACCGGACCCGUCGUUAUUCUUCCCACCUAAUGAUACCGGAACAACUAAAUCUUCCUCUGUACCUUACGCAUUUCUCGCUCACACACUUUCCGAAGUGUCGGGAACUCGCUCCCGCAUUUCCAUCAUCAAUGCACUAACAAAUGCAUUUCGCAUCAUUCUUAUAUACGAUCCUCCAUCGCUACUUCCAGCUGUUUAUCUGCUCUCCAACACUUUGUCACCUCCCUACAUCCAGAUUGAGCUAGGUUUAGGGCCUUCAGCAAUCUCCCAGGCAAUUCAACACGUGUCUGGUCUAUCAUCUGCUGCCCUUAGAAAGUUAUACAAUAAGACUGGCGAUCCAGGAGAUGUCGCAGUUGAGGCCAAAUCGAACAUGCGAACAUUGUUGCCUCAUCCUCCAUUGCUUGUCCCAUCUGUAUACGAGGCUCUCUUGAAAAUCUCAAAGAGCAAAGGUCAAGGAGCCUCAAAACAGAGGCAAAGCAUUGCAGAGAAGCUCUUAGUGUCGGCGAAGGGAGAGGAAACGCGCUUCCUGGUCCGCACUUUGUGUCAAAAUCUUCGCGUCGGGGCAGUGAGGACGUCGAUUCUGACAGCUCUCGCAAGGGCCACCGUCCUGACCCCGCUCGAUUCCCAGUUGAAGUUCACGAAACCAGAGGAUUCUACCUGGUAUGCCACAAAUGCUCUACUGGAUGCCGCACAUCCUGUCGCGGAGGGCAAAUCCAAUCCGUCUCGGGACAUACUAUAUGCGAAGUUCAAAAACGCUGAGACUCUGAUUCGCCAGGUCUUCUGUCAGCAUCCAAAUUAUGACCAUAUAAUUUCGGGACUCUUCGAAGUUGGGCUCGAUGACCUUGCAGGGAAAGUGCCUCUGACUGUCGGUGUUCCUCUCUAUCCUACCCUUGGUACUCCCAUACGUUCCUUGAAUGAGAUCUACGAGCGUCUAGGUGACCUCCCUUUCACGGCGGAAUUUAAAUACGACGGCCAGAGGGCGCAAAUACAUGCUUGGAAAGCCGUAGAUGACCUUGUAAAGGUCAGCAUAUUUUCCCGUCAUCUGGAAGACAUGACAAGUAAAUAUCCUGAUGUUGUUGCUCUUGUCGAGCGCAUGAUAUUGUCUUCCAAAGCACAGAAUUUUAUCAUGGACUCAGAGAUAACUGCCAUUGAUCCUAGCGACGGAAGCCUGCGGACUUUUCAGGAAUUGUCUACUCGUGCGCGUAAAGACGUCAACUUGGCUGACGUUCAAGUUCCAGUGUGCGUUUUUGGAUUCGAUUUGAUGUUUCUAGAUGGGCAGAAGUUACUUGAAACAGACUUUCGUCAACGACGUGUACUCCUGCAAACGCGAUUCUCCCCUCUGGACACUGGAUCUAAGGAAGUGGCUCGUUUCGAUCACGUCGAACGAUGUGAUAGCGUCGAUGGACGUCCAGCCGUUGAAGCCUUCUGGGCAAAAGCUAUGAAUAGUCGAAGCGAGGGCCUGAUGGUCAAAUUAUUAGACACAGAAAUAUCCGAACAUAACUCGGAUAAGGAGACUAGCUCUAAUAGAAAGCCUCUCUUUGCUACAUACAAUGCAGACAAGCGUACGUAUGCAUGGAUGAAAUUGAAGAAGGAUUAUGUCAUGCAAGGUGGAGUCUCGGACUCGUUGGACCUCAUCCCAAUCGGUGCUUGGAAUGGCAACGGUCGCAAAGCGAAGUUCUGGAGUCCCAUUCUCCUCGGUAUGUGGGACCCAAGUUCAGGAUGCCCUGUCGCGGUCUGCAAGUGUAUGUCAGGAUUCACUGAUGCUUUCUACAAAGAUAUCACUGAACGGUACGCCUUGAGGGAAGAUUCAGACGUCUGUUCACAAAAGUCCUGUUGGAAUUGCGAGCUGGGUGGCUUUCGACCGGAUGUUUACUUUAAGCCACAAGAAGUAUGGGAAAUACGAGGGGCGGAUAUUACCAUCAGCCCAGUUUCUAUUGCAGCUAAAGGAUUGGUCUCUAGUACGAAAGGCCUUAGUCUCCGAUUUCCUCGCUUCAUCAGGGUCAGAGAAGACAAAGGAGUGUCACAAGCGAGCACACCCAAAUUCCUUGCCGACAUGUAUACAGAUCAACAGGGAAGAUCAGGAAGAAAGGGGGGCAAUGAUGAAGGCGACUUGAUUGAUGUUGACGUUAGCGACUCGGGGGCUGAAGAGGGGGACGAAGGUGAAGAGGAGGAGGAUGAGUAG